AUGUUAAAUCGUCAUGAGCGAACCUGCGAGGCCAAAGUCCAUUACAUGUUUCCUGGCGGUGCAUACAAGACGGCACCCACCAUCUUUCAGCUGCUCGAAGAUGAAGGCUUCACCAUUCCACAGCAUUUAAAGUACUUUCCCUACAGAGCCACCUUUGACUUCGAAUGCACGUUCAGCUCGCACACCAGUCUCAGGGAUACAGAAAAACUCACCUGGAACGCCAAGCAUAUCCCUCUAAGUGUCAGUGUCUGCUCCAACGUUCCAGACUACGACCAACCCAAGUGCUUUGUGUCAGAUGGGGACUCUAAACAGCUCGUCAAAGAGAUGUUAGAACACCUGGUAAAAAUCAGUGAAAAGAGUUAUGACCUGUUAAGACAAGAGUUUAACUUUCUUUUUGUAGCCAUCGAACAAAAGCUGCAAGACCUACAGCAAAAAUCAGAAGCUGGUGACCCUUCAAAAACUAACACAGUAGAAAACCUCACCCAGGAAGAUAGCGAUGAUGAAGGAGAAGAUCCCAUGGACACAGAUAAUGAAGAGGAAGAAGAAAUCGAUUCUGAAACCGAAGAAGAUCGUGUCUUUAUUGACGAUGACGUAGAAGAACAAGGUGCCUCGUUUUACAGGGCCUUUGAUCGCGAACACGAGGAUCAGAGUGAGAAUGAUCACGUGUGAAUAUGACAGACCAGAGGACAACAGCCCAGAACCUAAGAAAAAAGUGCACCCUUUAAAGAAACUGAGAGAUCGUUUCCAAGAAUAUCUACAAGAACUUCCUGUCCUAGGCUUCAAUUCUGGUAAAUAUGACUUGACUGCCGUCAAAGAAUUUCUGUUUCCUGUCCUGGUCCAGAAUGAAGACGUUCAGUUUACUAUCAAGCGUAACCACAAUUUCAUGUGCUUAAAGACCCCACAUCUUCGCUUCCUCGACGUCACCAACUUUCUUGCACCCGGUUUCAGCUACGACAAAUUUCUGAAGGCCUACGAGUGUCCUCAAACCAAGGGGUUCUUCCCAUACGAAUGGCUGGAUUCUCUUGACAAGUUAGACCACCCUUCUCUUCCUCCUCACGAAGCCUUCUUCUCUACACUGAAAAACGAAAACAUUUCUGAAGAAGACUACCAGUACUGCCAACAAGUGUGGUCUGACAACAACAUGCAGACAUUUAAAGAUUUUCUCAUCUGGUACAACAACCUAGAUGUCCAACCCUUUUGUGGGGCCCUGGAAAAAAUGUGCGCGUUCUGGAAAGAUAAAAAGAUCGACAUGUUAAGACAAGGUAUUUCUAUUCCCGGUGUUACCUUGACGUACCUCUUUACCACCCUGGAAUCUGGCAUCUUCUUCUCUCUGUUUGACGAAAAAAAUAAAGAUUUAUACACCUUGUUCAAGAAAAAUCUGGUAGGAGGCCCCAGCAUCAUCUUCCACCGAUAUCAUGAAGAAGACAAGACCAAGAUCAGAGAGAGAGAGAUAACAGAUCAAGGCAAAGAACCAAAAAUGUGCCAGAAAAUAGUAGGAUAUGACGCCAACGCGCUCUAUCUCUGGGCCAUCAUGCAAAACAUGCCUACCGGAUCUUUUACGAGACGACGCGAAGAAACCAACUUCAAAAAAGAAAGCUCCACCAAGAUGGCCACUGAGUGGUUAGAGUGGAAGGCACAUGAAGGAGGAAUUUUUAUACGCCACCAAAUGAACAAUACAGAAAAACGCAUAGGUGAAAGAAGGCUACCAGUGGAUGGUUUUCACGGUCCUUCGCAAACAGUCUUUCAGUUCCAUGGCUGCUGGUGGCAUGGGCAUAACUGCUACCUCACUAAAGGAAAAGAAAUUAAUGAAAAAAGAAAGAAACCAAUGGCUGAGCUCAGGGAAGAAACUACAGCAAAUUCAAAGUAUAUCAGAGAUCAAGGCUACAAUCUCGUGGAGAUGUGGGAGUGCCAGUGGCGCCGAAUGAAAAAACUAACUCUGCAGUACAAUAUUUCAUGA